AUGCUGCCCAUCACGGACUGCCUGCUGCGCCUGCUGGGGCUGGAGAAGACGGCCUUCCGAGUGUAUGCUGUGUCAGCCCUGCUGCUAUCCCUCCUCUUCUUCCUCUUCCGCCUGCUGCUGCAGGUAUUCAAAUUGUGCUGGGACUUCCGUGUCACCUGCCGCAGGCUAAGCUGCUUCCCAGAGCCUCCUGGCCGCCACUGGCUGCUGGGCCAUAUAAGCAUGUAUCUCCCCAAUGAGAAGGGCCUUCAGAACGAGAAGAAAGUGCUGGAUUCCUUGCACCACAUUGUCCUAGCAUGGGUUGGACCCUUCCUGCCUCUCUUGGUGCUUGUCCAUCCUGAUUACAUCAAGCCUGUGUUGGGUGCUUCAGCUGCCAUUGCACCCAAGGAUGAGUUUUUCUAUAGCUUCCUGAAGCCUUGGUUAGGGGAUGGACUUUUGAUCAGCAAAGGGAACAAAUGGAGCCGGCACCGCCGCCUGCUCACGCCUGCAUUCCACUUUGAUAUCCUGAAACCCUACAUGAAGAUCUUCAACCAGUCCACGAACAUUAUGCACGCUAAAUGGCGGCGGCAUCUGGCAGGUGGCUCAGUGGCCUCCUUUGACAUGUUUGAACACAUCAGCCUCAUGACCCUGGACAGCCUUCAGAAAUGUGUGUUCAGUUACAACAGCGACUGCCAGGAGAGAAUGAGCGAUUACAUCUCUUCCAUUAUCGAGCUGAGCGCUCUGGUGGUGCGGCGCCAAUACCGCCUGCAUCACUACGUGGAUUUCAUCUACUACUACCUCACGGCCGACGGGCGGCGCUUCCGCCAGGCCUGCGACACGGUGCACAACUUCACCACCGAAGUCAUCCAGGAGCGGCGGCGAGCGCUGCGCGAGCAGGGCGCCGAGGCGUGGCUGAAGGCCAAGCAAGGCAAGACCUUGGACUUCAUUGACGUGCUGCUGCUGGCCAAGGAUGAAGAUGGAAAAGAAUUAUCUGAUGAGGACAUCCGGGCUGAGGCGGAUACUUUCAUGUUUGAAGGUCAUGACACAACAUCUAGUGGGCUGUCGUGGGCGCUGUUCAACUUGGCGAAGCAUCCAGAGUACCAGGAGAAGUGCCGGGAAGAGAUCCAAGAAGUGAUGAAAGGCCGAGAGCUGGAAGAGCUGGACUGGGACGACCUGACCCAGUUGCCGUUCACCACCAUGUGUAUUAAGGAAAGCCUUCGCCAGUUUCCACCUGUGACCCUCAUUUCCCGUCGCUGCACUGAGGACAUCAAGCUGCCAGAUGGGCGCAUUAUUCCCAAAGGAAUUAUCUGCUUGGUCAGCAUCUAUGGGACCCACCACAACCCCACAGUGUGGCCUGACUCUAAGGAGUACAAUCCUUACCGCUUUGACCCGGACACCCCACAGCAGCGCUCCCCACUGGCCUUCGUGCCUUUCUCAGCAGGUCCCAGGAACUGCAUCGGGCAGAGCUUCGCCAUGGCAGAGAUGCGAGUGGUCGUGGCGCUGACACUGCUACGCUUCCGUCUGAGUGUGGACCGCACCCGCAAGGUGCGGCGGAAGCCGGAGCUCAUUCUGCGCACGGAGAACGGCAUUUGGCUCAACGUGGAGCCGCUACCUCCUCGGGCCUGA